AUGUCCUCCUCCCGGACCAUCUUCUCCGUCGCCGCCGUCACGGUCCUCGGCGGCCUCGUCGCCUACGCCGUCUACUUCGACUACAAGCGCCGGAAUGACAUCGAAUUCCGCAAGAAAUUGCGGAAGGAGAAGAAGAAGGUGACGAAGCAGACUCAGCAGGAGCAGGCUCAGGUGGAGGCCGAGUCUUCGGUCGGUGCCGCCGAGAUCAAGGCGGCUCUGUUCAAAAUCCGGGAGGAGGAGGUCCCCCCUACCCCGGACGAGAAGGAGACGUACUUCAUCAUGCAAGUCCAGGUUGGCGAGCAGCUGGCUCAGAAGGGUCCUGCCUUCUUCCUGCAGGCAGCGAUGGCGUUCUUCCGUGCCCUUCGCGUGUACCCUUCCCCGGUGGAGCUUAUUAUGAUGCUCCAGAGCACUCUUCCUGCCCCCCUCUUCAAGACAUUUAUGGAAUUGGUUAACGCGGAUGUGAGUGAACCUCAUUCGGAGAAGAAGUUUGAGGAUGCCAGCGCCGCCGACGAGGUGGAGACCAGCCCGACCCGGACGGGCCCUCCGUCGGAGACCUCGUCCCAAGAGUGGGACCAACUCACGGACCCGGGGAGCACUGCGUCUCGUAUCGAAGGUUACUAUGAUUACUUCCCGCCGAAGAGAAUGAACGUGUCCGUGAAAGCUGGUGCUGGCGAGGGCAGCCAGACCAUGAAGAAAAUCCUGGUGGCGGAGAGGGACUUCGCCGAGGGCGAGGUCAUCUACACGGAAAAGCCCCUUAUCGUUGCGCUUGAUGCUGACCUCGAAGGUCAAGGCUCGCAUUGCUCAUACUGCUUCCGCACCAUCCCGGAGGACGCAGCGGUCACCCCUACACACGACAAGCUCAACUCCGUAUACUGCUCCAGGGACUGCCAACAACGCGCCGAGAUUGGCUGGCAGAACAUCCUCUUCGGCCUCGAGCCCGUCCUUCCCCCGGAGCUCGACAACGGCAUGGGUGAAAUCACGACCGAGCAACGGAACGCGGCACAGGGCCCGUACGUGGAAUACAUGAAGACCAAGGCCAAGCAAGCGAACCUCCUCGCCGCGCGCUUCGUCGCGAAGCAGAUCGCGCACGAGACCAUUAACCUGCUCCCGACCAAGACCGGCCCGAUCGUGGAAGAGCUGCAGCAGAUGGCAGAUGGCAAGGACCUGUACCACGUCGGCGACCACAUCGAGCGCUUGCGCUUCGUCGAGGGUAACUCAUCCAGCGAGGAGGUCAAGCUGCUCGGCGCCGUGCUUGGGUCUGCGCUGCCUGGUCUUGAGCAGUCUGUGACGGAGGAGCGUCAUGCGACUCUCGUUGGCAAGAUGGGCUACAACGCGAUUGGUGUCUGCAUCGACGGCGGCCGCGAUGGCAGGCCUGUCGCCAGCGACCGUCCGGAAGAGCUCGAGAGGACACGCACCCCCCACGGCACCGCGCGUCAGUUCGGUAGCGCCAUCUACCUGGUCUCUUCAUACCUCGUGCACUCCUGCGACCCGAACACCCGCCCGACCUUCCCGAACGGCACGAACGAGCUCCACCUCGUCGCCACGCGGCCCAUCGAGAAGGGCGACGAGCUUACGAUGGCGUGGGUCGACGUGUCGACCGCCGAGGGCGAGGACGCGGGCAUCGCGCGCCGCCGGCGCCGCAUCGAGCUCGCGCGCGGCUGGCGCUUCAAGUGCGAGUGCGCGAAGUGCCUGCGCGAGGCGAUGGACGAAGAGGAGCGCGAGAAGAACGCGGCGCACGACGCGACUCUUGGGGUCACUGGCGACGAGAGCAAGGUCGAGAGCGUUAUGCGCCAUGAAAAGCUGCCUGGGGCGGAGAUGGGUCCCGACUAG